UGUCAAUUCCUAGGAAAUGGACAAAGAAAAUUAUAUGGGAAAUUAUUUCCCAUGAAAACUCAUUUCCCAUAUCAACCAAACAACACCUUAGUUUUGUCAAGUUUACAAAUAAUAAAGUAUUUGAGUGAGUGGUAAGAAUUAAUUACAAGAUCCCUUGAAAUCGAAAGAAAAACUCGACCAAGUGAGUUAAUUUACAAUUAUAGACCCGGGAAAGUGCAUCAUACGGGUGACCCGAAUCAAUACAACCCGACCCAAAAUUCCUGAAUAGCUAGCUGUCUUCUCUUCCCCCAAAAUCUCACAUAAACCCUACUCUUUCUCCUCCAUCUUUCUCUCUUCCUUUGCACUUCAAUUGCAGAACAAAAUAAAAAAAAUAAUAAUUAAAAUUUUUAAAAAAUGAUAAAGAGAAGAUUUUACAGAGCAGACCGCGGCGACAACGACAAGGACGACGCUUCAUCGGAUUCUUCAUCGGAUUCCGAGGUUGAAGUUCGGAGCUCCGAUGAAUCGGAAGAAGAUGAACCAACGCACCUUGAACACGAACCCGAUUCCAACGUUGAAGUUGACAAUGAUGCUGAUAAUGACGACAAUGAAGAUGAUGAUGACGAUGAUGUUCCUUCUCCUUCGAAACUUCAACAACCUUCUUCCUCUUCUUCUGGGUAUGAGAGUGAAGAUAGUUCUGCUAAUGAAAUUGAUGCUGAAUCAGGAGAAGGUUUACUUGCAAAUGAUGAUGACAGCGGAUCUGAGAAAGACGGUGACCAACUUAAGGAGAGCCUCUUAUGUAACAAAGAGAGUGGUGAAUUAAUAGAGACACAGACUGAAGAUCAAUCAGCUGUGGAUGAUCUUCCAAGAUGUGUUUUGAAAAGCAAAUCAGUAUUUAAGUGCAGGCUUUGUCCGAAAAUUGUCUGUCUGAAUGAAGAGAGUUUAAAAACUCACCUCAAAUCCAAGAGACAUUCAAGAUCAGAGAAAUUACUGAAUGGAGGAAGAUUAAGGCGUUAUCUCAAUAGUGACGGGGAAGAAGAAGUAAUUUCUGACGAUGAUUGUGAGACUCAUGCUGAAAGACAUGCAAGGAUUAUUGCCCUGGCACAGGACACAUCAGUGAAGAAAAGCAAAGGGCGGCAACGACAAAGGCACCGGUUAAAAAGAAAGAAGAAUUCUUCAACAGUACCAGGCUCUGGACAACAGAAGGAGAACCGCGCUAAGAGGAGAAGAAAAAAUGCAGAUUGAUCCUAGUCUGUUUCAUACUUGGAGGGACUAUACUCGUAGGCAUUGUAGCAAUUUGUUAUAGCCUGUAAACUGUUGUGAUAUCGGAUACUGUUUUUGUCAUCCAAACUAUACAUUCCAAACACUUAUAGUCUUUCGUUGGAAAUUUGUUAGUAAAAAUUUGUUCAUGUCUU